GGGCCGAGAUGGAUCUGUGAGGCUUUUAUCGGUCCACCGAUCCGUUCGUGCAGGAAACUUGUAAUUUGUGGAAGAAGGAUCAGCUUCGGAUCGUCAGGUUCUCCAGGACGAUGUGGCACUGAGCAUGUUUAGAGUGCUCCUUGUUACCAUGGCAACCUUUGCCAGCAGUGAGGCGUGCGGCGGCCAGGAGAACUGCUCCUCCGACAACCAGUCCAAAGCCUACUGCUACUCAGCCCGGAUCCGCAGCACUGUGCUGCAGGGGCUGCCUUUCGGGGGCGUGCCCACCGUGCUCGCCCUGGACUUCAUGUGCUUCCUGGUGCUGCUCUUUGUCUUCUCCAUUCUGAGGAAGGUGGCGUGGGACUACGGCCGCCUGGCGCUGGUCACUGAUGCAGACAGUGUUGCCUCGGCGAUGCACUCAGAAACACCAGACCGCUACGAACGGCUGACCUCCGUGUCCAGCUCCGUCGACUUCGAGCAGCGAGACAAUGGUUUCUGCUCCUGGCUCACCGCCAUCUUCAGAAUAAAAGAUGAAGAAAUCCGUGAGAAGUGCGGUGAGGACGCGGUUCACUACCUGUCCUUCCAGCGUCACAUCAUCGGGCUGCUGGUGGUGGUGGGCGUCCUCUCUGUGGGCAUCAUCCUGCCUGUCAACUUCUCUGGAGCCCUGUUGGAAAAUAACGCCUACAGCUUCGGACGGACCACAAUCGCCAACCUGAAGUCAGGGACGAACCUUCUGUGGCUGCACACGUCCUUUGCCGUCCUCUACCUGCUGCUCACCGUCUACAGCAUGAGGAGACACACGUCCAAGAUGCACUACAAAGAGGAUGACCUGGUGAAACGCACUUUAUUUAUUAUUGGAAUUUCCAAAUAUGCAGAGGAGAGUCAAAUCAAGCAGCAUUUUGAACAAGCCUAUGAGAACUGCUCAGUGCUGGAGGCUCGAAUCUGCUACAAUGUGGCCAAACUGAUGGUGCUGAAUGCCGAAAGGAAGAAGACUGAGCGCAGUAAGAAGUUUUUCACAGACCUGAUGGCGAAGGAGCAUGUUCCCACCAUGAUCAACCCCAAACCCUGUGGACACCUCUGCUGCUGCGCCAUCGCCGGCUGUGAGGAGGAGGAGGCAGUGAGUUUUUACACAAAAAGGGAGGCAAAGCUGAAGGAGGAGUACAGGAAGGAGAAGGAGAAGGUCCACACCAAACCACUGGGUAUGGUCUUUGUCACCUUCCAGAACGAGGCCAUGACUGCCAUUAUUCUAAAGGACUUUAAUGCGUGCCAGGUGAAGGGUUGUUGGUGUCGGCAGGAGCCGUGCUCGUCUCAGUUCAGCGAGGUGCUUCACGUGCACAACUGGAGCGUUACAUACGCUCCUGACCCGCAGAACGUCCGCUGGGAGCACCUGUCAGUGGGCGGAGUAUCCUGGUGGCUUCGCUGUUUCAUUAUCAACAGCAUCCUGUUUAUCCUGCUCUUCUUCCUCACAACACCUGCCAUCAUCAUCUCCACCAUGGACAAGUUCAACGUCACCAAACCCGUGGAGUAUCUCAAUAACCCCAUCAUCACUCAGUUCUUCCCCACUCUGCUGCUGUGGGCGUUCUCCGCCCUGCUGCCCACCAUCGUCUAUUACUCCGCCUUCUUUGAAGCUCACUGGACCAGGUCCGGAGAGAACAGGACGACUAUGCAUAAAUGUUACACCUUCCUGAUCUUCAUGGUGCUGCUGCUGCCGUCACUCGGACUCAGCAGUCUGGAUGUUUUCUUCCGUUGGCUCUUUGAUAAGAAGUUCCUCGCUGAUGGCAAAGUCCGAUUUGAAUGCGUCUUCCUGCCGGAUAAUGGAGCGUUCUUUGUUAACUAUGUCAUCGCCUCAGCAUUUAUCGGGAACGCCAUGGACUUACUGCGGAUUCCUGGUCUGCUCAUGUACAUGAUUCGGCUCUGCCUGGCACGCUCAGCCGCUGACCGCCGCAAUGUCAAGAGGCACCAGGCCUAUGAGUUCCAGUUCGGCGCAGCGUAUGCCUGGAUCAUGAAUGUCUUCACCGUGGUGAUGGCCUACAGUAUUACAUGUCCCAUCAUUGUCCCCUUCGGCUUGAUGUAUAUGCUGUUGAAGCACCUGGUGGACCGCUACAACAUGUACUAUGCCUACCUGCCCUCCAAACUGGACAAGAAGAUCCACUCUGGAGCUGUCACUCAGGUGGUGGCUGCACCCAUUCUCUGCCUCUUCUGGCUGCUCUUUUUCUCCACCAUGCGCACAGGUUUUGCCACGCCCACCUCCAUGUUCACACUGGUGGUCCUGAUUGUCACCAUUGUGGUCUGUCUGUCCCACGUCUGCUUUGGACACUUCAAGUACCUCAGUGCUCACAACUACAAGAUCGACACCAAGGACAGCGACAUGGACAGGAUAGAGAACGGACGCCCUCCUCGUCCCUCCUCAUCCCCCAACAACAUGUCUCAGCAGCAGAUGUACAUCGCGCAGGUCCUCCAGGACCCGACCUCCGACGAGCUGGGCAGCGGCGAGGAGGACCGGGGGUCGUCCCAGGACGAAGAGAUUCUGAACGGCGGGAACAGCAUCAACGAGGCGGACUUCCAGUCGGGGGAGGACAGUCUGAUCGCCAACGAAGUCCGACAGUAGCUGGAGGCAGAGCACGGAGAGGGCGGCAUUACACUGCAGUUAACAAGAAAGUUGACACAUACUGCCAGAAUAGGCUCCACCCCAUCCAAGCCUGUUGCACUCUCUCUGACAUUUGACCUCUGACCUCAACACCAGGUCACCAGCAUUCAGAAAAUGUGAUGAGAUGAUCAUGUGAUAAACAUUUUACAAGAAAACACUGUACAUAAACACACCACCCGUAGAGUUUUGUUGUUGUUUUCACCUCGAGGGGGCGUGGCUUUAGAACUCUGUGCCUGGGUGUGGUUUGACUCUUAUCAACAUUCCUUCUUUGGCGUGGUGUUUGGUCUCAACUCGUCUGUGGGUUGAACUCUGCUCGCUAGGGUCACGACUUCAUUAACCUUUUUCCCCCUUCUUUGUGUGGCUGUAAAAUAAGGUCAUAGGUCACGGACUGACUUCUGUCGUUGGUAUGUUGGACGCGUCGUGCACAUUUUGCCAUUUUCCUCCUCGCAUGCCGUGUGGGUUUUUUGCACAAAACAACCGACCGUGUUGUCUGCAGCUCUGUGCCCCGCUGCACCCUGGGUACUUUUCAGUGGACAAUGUGGACACUCGUUUCGUCUGUCUCCUGUUGACUCAACUGUAAAACCUUAAAAUGUGAAUCCGGCGCCUGACACGGCGUCCGUAGGUUUUGCUGUCAUGCCAACAUUUUUGUGAAGGACCUCGGCGCUCUUCGGGACAUCGACCUGCAACACCUGGAACCCUGAAGGCCAUGUUUAGAUGUCAUGUGACUGACAUGAACUUUGUUUACGGGGUCGGCACACAGGACGUCUUCACCGUCACACAUUGAUGACAUCAUUCACCUGCGCCAACGCGUCCAGGAACAAACUU